UCCUGGAGCACAUUCCUCAGAAUCAACCUGCCAGCCUAGCGGGCAUCCACAGUACACGGGAGGCUGGAAUCUGACCCCGGUGGCAUGGGGCCCGGUCUCCAUGGCAGCCGAGGAUUUAUUACCAGGGCCUCCACCCAGCCUCACGGACUUUCAACUCGAAGCCAGAGAACCAAACACAGUCCUGAAAGAAUUGAGCACCCACCCCGCCAUGGCCAAGUUCCUUUCCCAAGACCAAAUUAAUGAGUACAAGGAAUGCUUCUCCCUGUACGACAAGCAGCAGAGGGGGAAGAUAAAGGCCACAGAUCUCCUAGUGUCCAUGAGGUGCCUGGGGGCCAGCCCGACACCAGGGGAGGUGCAACGGCAUCUGAAGACGCACGGCGUAGACAAACACGGAGAGCUGGAUUUCUCCACUUUUCUGACCAUCAUGCACACACAAAUCAAACAAGAGGACCCAAAGAAAGAAAUUCUCCUGGCCAUGUUGAUGGCGGACAAGGAGAAGAAAGGAUACAUCAUGGCCUCCGAGCUGCGGUCCAAGCUCAUGAAACUGGGGGAGAAGCUCACCCACAAGGAAGUGGACGAGCUUUUUAAGGAAGCAGGAAUCGAAGCAAACGGCCAGGUGAAAUAUGAAGAAUUCAUCCAAAAGAUCACCCUUCCUGUUCAGGACUACUGACAAGUGUGCCAGACAGCCUCCUGGGCCUGAAAACCUGGAUUGCUUGUUACAAAAAAUAAAAUUUAAAAAAAGAAACGCAGCAGGGUUGGAGUGAUGGCUUAGCAGUUAAGGCGUUUGCCUGCAAAGCCAAAGGACCUCGAUUCGAUUCCCCAGGACCAUGGAAGCCAGAUGCAC